CGAGCGGACGGCGUCAUGAGGCACCUGCCGUACUUCUGUCGCGGCCAGGUGGUGCGGGGCUUCGGUCGCGGCCCCAAGCAGCAGGGCGUCCCUACAGCUAACUUUCCUGAACCAGUAGUAGAUAAUCUUCCAGCUGAUGCAUCCACUGGCAUAUAUUAUGGUUGGGCCAGUGUUGGAAGUGGAGACGCCCAUAAGAUGGUGGUGAGCAUAGGAUGGAACCCAUACUACAAGAAUACAGAAAAGUCCAUGGAAACUAAUAUCAUGCAUACUUUCAAAGAGGAAAUUCUCAACGUGGCCAUCGCCGGCUACCUCAGACCAGAAAAGAACUUUGAUUCUUUAGAGUCACUUAUUUCAGCAAUUCAAGGUGAUAUUGAGGAAGCUAAGAAACGACUAGAUUUACUAGAACAUUUGAAACUCAAAGAAGACAAUUUCUUCCAGGUUCCUAAAAGCAAAAUAAUGAAUGGCCACUGAAG